UUCGCGCUUGAAUACCCCGAAGAGUGGUGGAUUAUCAGACAUAGUGGCUAAGCCCUUUUAUUAGAGACGGCGCCCUUUUCACCGCCCACAGGCAAAACAGAUAAUCCAAUCUUUACCCUUCCGAGUCCAGCAUACCUCUAUGGAGGCUGAGAGAUCUGGUCGCUUUAUACAUAUCGUGAGAGAUGCCAAAGAACGCCCAUCCACCCCGUGGCAAGCCUGCCAAGAAGACUGUACCUCCUGAGGAAGACACAUCGUUCAUCGUCUUUGGGGACGGCAAAGCCAAGAAGAAGAAGGGGGAGAGUUCUGGGGGUGAUGCUGGCCAGAACGAAGGCAAGGGCAAAGGAAAGGCUGCUGCUGGAGCCGCCGAAGUUGGACCAAAGAAGCCGGAUACGAGGACUUUGAUCGCAGGCGCAUCGUGGACAGGAAAGCUCCCAGUCAAUCUGCUGUCGGAACAUUUUCAGAAGCAGCAGUGGAGCAAACCUGACUACCGUAUCCGCAAAGAUGGUGACCAGCAUUUCGCGUAUGCUGUGGUACUGUCCAAGAUGAAUCAGAAGACACGGGAGACGACCACCCUACCACCCAUCAAAAUCCCCUCCGAACUCGAGGAACAGGCUCACCAGCCUACCGCCGUUGAAGCCCGCAACUUUGCCGCGGCCUAUACCCUCUUUCGAGUUGCCAGCGCGAAGAACCUCCACAUGAUGCUCCCCCCAACGUACAAAGAUCUUUGGAAGGGACAGUUCAUGGACCUCAAAAAGAGGGACGAGCAGGAGGGAAAGGGAUGGAUGUAUGAGGCAGACCCCUUCUUCGGAUUCGCAGAGCGGGAGAAGGCGAAGGAGGCAGCGACGAAGGCGCGUGAGAAGAGACAGAAGCAACAGGCAGAGUCGCAGAAGGCCCAUAACCAACAGCCUGGUGCGGCCAUGCCAAACUCCAACGGCCCGACCCCCAGCAGGAACCUGUUGAAGGGAUGGGAGAGGGUACCCAAGAUUGAGUUGGGUAAGAGGACGCGAAAAGAAGCAGAGCGUUUGAUCCGCCGGGACGCACUGUGGAACCCGAACGGUAUCGAGAUGGACACGUCUAUCAAAAAUCGACUAGUCGGCGAGAUAGAGGAGCUUGGCUUCCGAAGGAGUCAUGUCCAAGAAGCUGCCGAUAUCUGCAAAGACCGAGAAGAGAUCAUCGAGUGGCUCCUCAUCCAUGUGCCUGAGGAUGAUCUGCCAUCGUGGUCAUUACCAGAAGGCUAUGUGGCUGGUGUCAGCAUGGCCAGCUCCAAUCUCAAGCGUGAAGGUGCUGUAAAACGCCUUGCUGCUGCCGGAUAUUCUGCAGAUCUCUGCGAGGAGGCUUACGACAGCCAAGGCAGCGAUGAAAGGAAAGCUGCAGCUUUGCUACAAGCCCGUCUGCUGCGACCGGACGAGGAGGACAGCGUUAUCGCACAGGAUCUGGCUGAUCUUUCGAUGACGGAUGGUGAUCCUGAUAUGUCCCCCGAAGACGAUCCCUGGGAAGUGGAAAUGUCAUCUCUUGAAGCCAUAUACGACCGUCUGUUCUCACGUCCUGCUCCAGAAUCGUGUCGAAUCGAGCUAGAUGUUAAGCAACAGGGAAAGAGGCUCAUACUGCAGGUCAGGAAGCCUUUCGGUCCUUACCCUGCCGUUGUCCCUAUCAUUACUUUUGAAGCGGCCAUUCCAGCUUACAUCCGCUUGAGCAUCAUCCGACAAGCGCUGUUACACGCCGAGGCCAACUUCGUUGGUAUGCCCAUGAUCUACGAUAUCGUAGAUUGGAUCCAAUCGAACGCUGGGGAUAUCUUCCAGAACCCAGGGAAACUGACCGAUGUAUCAUCUGGCCUUGCGGCAGCAGAUCAUUCGUCGGAACAGCAAAGCCAGAAGAGAAGAGCAAAAGGCAGGCCCAGAAAGCCCAUAGACUGGACACCCAGAACACCUACUAGUCAAAAGCUGCUGUCUGACUGGCAGGCCAAGCAGAAUUCCCCAGUUCAGCAAAAGAUGAUGAAAGCUCGACAGUCACUCCCAGCUUGGAGGUUGAGAGAUGACAUCGUACGAACGGUCAAUGAUUGCAACGUCACUAUUAUCUCAGGUGAAACUGGAUCAGGAAAAUCGACUCAAUCCGUGCAGUUCGUCCUCGAUGACUUGAUUCAACGACAACUCGGUGCUGUUGCGAAUAUAAUCUGUACUCAACCACGCAGAAUAUCUGCGCUUGGUCUUGCCGAUCGUGUGGCUGAUGAGCGAUGCUCUCAGGUUGGUGAUGAGAUUGGUUACACUAUUCGUGGAGAGUCUAAACAGAAGCCUGGAGUCACCAAGAUCACAUUCGUCACAACUGGUGUUCUCCUGAGGCGCCUCCAAACGUCAGGCGGCAAUGCCGACGAUGUUGUUGCUGCACUAGCCGAUGUUAGCCAUGUUGUUGUUGACGAGGUACAUGAGCGCAGUUUGGAUACUGAUUUCUUACUCGUUUUACUACGUCAGAUCUUGCGAAAGCGGAAAGAUCUCAAAGUCAUUUUGAUGAGCGCUACUCUCGAUGCUGCUGUGUUUGAAGCGUACUUUAAGGAGGUCGGGCCGGUGGGCCGUGUUGAGAUCGAAGGCCGCACCCACCCUGUGACUGACUACUACGUCGACGACGUCGUGCAUUUCACUGGAUUCAAGGGGUAUGGAACAGGGGAUGAAGAGGCCAUCGAGGACAAGUCUUUUUCUGCAAACCUCCGGAGUAUUGGCUUUGGUAUCAACUACGACCUCAUUGCGGAAACUGUUCGUCAUAUUGAUCGUCAGCUCGGUGAUAAGGAUGGAGGCAUUCUCAUCUUCCUUCCUGGUACCAUGGAGAUUGAUCGCACACUUCAAGCGCUCAGUCAGUUCGCAAACCUCCACGCGUUGCCUCUACAUGCGUCACUCAUGCCUGUUGAGCAAAAGCGUGUCUUCCCUCCCGCUCCCCACGGCAAACGUAAAGUUAUCGCAUGUACCAACGUCGCAGAAACGUCGAUUACGAUUGAGGAUAUCGUUGCUGUUAUCGAUACGGGUAGGGUCAAGGAGACGAGCUACGACCCACAAAACAACAUGGUUCGCCUAGCCGAAACCUGGGCUUCCAGGGCGGCAUGCAAACAGCGGCGAGGUCGAGCAGGCCGUGUCCGAGCAGGUGACUGUUAUAAGCUGUAUACACGUAAUGCCGAAGCCAAGAUGAUGGAGCGGCCAGACCCUGAGAUUCGACGUGUGCCACUCGAGCAGAUGUGUCUAUCUAUCAAGGCGAUGGGUGUUCAGGAUGUCUCAAGCUUCCUUGCUUCAGCGCUCACACCACCAGAAAGCACAGCGGUGGAGGGUGCAAUCCGAUUACUCUCACAGAUGGGUGCGAUUACCGACGACGAACUGACCGCUCUUGGUCGCCACAUGUCCAUGAUCCCGGCGGAUCUUCGUCUGGGCAAGCUUCUUGUUUACGGCGCAACCUUCGGUUGUCUUGAAGCUGUGUUGACCAUCGCGGCUGUCCUGACCGCUCGCAGUCCGUUUAUAUCACCACGAGAGCGAGACCAGGAGACCCGAAACGAGUUCGACCACCUACGCGCAUCUUUCUCAAACAACCAAGGAGACUUACUUGUAGAUCUUCGAGCUUACGAACAAUGGGCUGCAUUGCGCAGUAAAGGCAUGUCAACACGAGACCUUCGUUUCUGGUGUCAAGACAACCGCCUCUCUCCUCAGACCAUGUUCGAUAUUGCUUCCAAUCGCACGCAGUACCUUUCGUCUCUCAAAGAAAUCUCCUUUAUCCCAACGCACUACUCUUCUCUCAAUCCUUCCACACAUGGGUCAUACAACAAGCACAACGCCAAUGACGCACUCCUCCGUGCGCUCAUCGCUGGGUCUUUCAACCCACAAAUCGCACGCAUCCAACUCCCCGACAAAAAGUUCGCCGCUGGAAUUGCUGGUGCCGUAGAACUUGACCCCUCAGCCCGCGAGAUCAAAUACUUCAAUCAGGAAAACGGACGUGUCUUUGUUCAUCCUUCCUCCACGCUAUUCGCCAGUCAGACAUUCCCACAUAAUGCGAGUUUCGUUGCGUACUUCAAUAAGAUGGCUACAAGUAAAGUUUUCAUAAGAGAUAUCACGCCUUUCAAUGCAUACAGCUUGUUGUUAUUUGCUGGUGAGAUCAAGGUUGAUACUCUUGGACGCGGACUGGUGGUAGAUGAAUGGAUACGGUUGAGAGGGUGGGCUAGGAUCGGAGUGCUGGUUAGUAGGUUGAGGGGUAUGUUGGAUAACGUGCUUGAGGGUAUGGUGAAAGAACCUGGGAAGGGCGUCAGUGGAAAACAAAGCGAAGUCAUUGACAUUGUUCGAUGGAUGGUUGAGCGGGAUGGAUUAGAUGCUUAGACGACCUGCUUAGCUUUAGAUGAAAUUGGUAUAACGUGCAGUCUGCCUUGAUUCGUUGGCAAAG